GCUUCCAUUCAGAAAUACCUCUAAGCCUUUUGACAAUCUCCACAUUAAAAGUCGUCCUUUAGCAGACUUAUUUUUUGCCCACCCUGGCCGGACCAAGUAGGUGGAGCAGCCAUGCAUGCAGCCAUGCUGUCCUGUUGCUCCAAGGCCGUCGGGCCGAUGCUGAGCUGAGCUAAGCUGAGGGGUGUUGGAGGCAAUUCAGUCAUCUUCUGCUUGGACUGAGGAUGCACCGAGGGAGCUGAGGCGGAUUCUCUCAAGCCACACACGAGCCCGCCUGACACACACAUCCAGAGCUGCUGCUGCUGCUACCGCUGCUGCGCACUGCCCUCCAUCAGGGGGGACUCCAUAGUUGGCCUGGACCAUGAGCUAUGAGUCUACCGUUUGGAACAUCCUACCAGAAAACUCCACAGUCCCACUCGAGACAGAGGAGCAGCAAGAUGGCUAUGUGCUACUCCUGGUGAUCCUCUCCAUCUUCCUAGUGGGGACGUUGAUCUUUGUCUCCAUCCUCCUCAUCACCUGCCGCCGUUGCUAUCGAGGAGGUCAAUGUUGCGACAGUGGCAGUGAUGACGCCGAGAAAACCAACGCCACAUACACGGAGGAGUCUCAGCCCACCCAUGAAAUCACCAUUCGGGUGGACGAGUCCGACUGCCUGUCCAUGGCCAGCUCUCAUGAUCAGGAGACAGAUCGCUUCCUCUCCACCGGCACCAUGGCCCGGCGAGUCUCCUUCAACGAGGCGGCGCUCUUUGAUCACGGCAAGAAGCCCCAGGAGAAGGGUCGCAGAUACACACUGACCGAGGGUGACUUUCACCACCUAAAGAAUGCACGGCUCACACACCUCCACAUCACGCCCCCGGCGCUCAAGAUAGUCACCAUCCAUGAGUGCGAUUCAGCGGAGAACACAAUCACCAUGACAACACGCCCUGUCGCCAAGUCAGCGCUUUCCAUCUUCCAGCCAAUGCUGUGCCCCCUGCCACAAACUGCACUGACCAGCCUGAGCACUGUUUCCAGCUGUGCGCUCCCAGGAGAUACUCUCAAUUCAACUGUGGUGGACAAUAGCUUGAGUGUGAAUACUACAGCUAAAGCAAAUGGAGGUUCUAUGGAGAUGAUAACAGUAGGGCCCCGCGACCAACGCUGCAGUGUUGGUGCAGCAGAAGGGGCUGCGCCCAUGAGUGUCCCUUCUGCAGGCAACGGUGCAGCCAAGCAGGAUCCGGUGCAGCAGUUCUUUACCAAACUGCGGCGCCAUGCCAGUCUGGAGGGGGCCAGUCCUUAUUUCAAGAUCAAGAAAUGGAAGCUGGACAGCAGCCAGAGGGCUUCAAGUCUGGAUAUGAGAGGCUCACCAAAGAGGAGACAGUUCCAGCGCCAGCGGGCCGCCAGCGAGAGCAUGGACCAGGACGACAAUGACGCACACCACAUUGACCUCAUCCAGUACAUCGCCCGUACCCAAGACAUCCCUUACUGUCCUGGCCGGCCUGUAGUGCCACCUCCAUCAGCACCACCCCCUUCCCUCGGCAGGGUAGAGGUAGAGGUGAUGGUGGAGCCCAGCUGCAGCCACACUGGACCAGGGGUGAUUGGCUUGUCCCCUGAUCCUCAAGACGAAGCACUUUCCCUCAGGGAAAGCGCAGAACCUCUUGAGCUCCAGGAUCCCCAGACACUUUACAGAGACAUUUGGACCUUACGUGCAUCACUUGAACAAUAUGCUGCCUCUGACCAAAGCAGCAACAAUGACAGGAACUCAGUCUGCAGUGAUGCCGACAGUGUGUGUACAGAAAAAGAAAGAGAAGGGCUCCCCAGCUUCUUAUCCCAGGAUUUAGGGGACGAGAUAGAAGGUGGAGAGGAUGACAAGGAGCUUUUUGCGUACAUGGAUGAGACACUAGGGGCGAAGUGGGUAAGAAAUAGGAAACAACAAAGUACAGAAUCGGAGCGAGGUGGAAGUGACGGCGAAACAGGGACUCGUAAAUUGCUGCAAAUGGAUAGCGGCUAUGCAUCUAUUGAGGCCCCCUCUCGUGGUCCCGAAGAGUUGCGAAUGUUUGGAGGCACCAGCCCAAAGGAGAGAACAGCCCAUGAAAAAAGGCACCACUUCACCAAGGCAGGCCGAUCUUGUACAAUCGGCGAGAGCUUUGAGUCUCACUUCUAUGAUGAAGAGCCAGACGAGGAGCGACUGCUGGGUGCCACUGGAGGAGUUUCGGUAACAGGUGUUGGUCCCCAAAGUUGGUUUCCAUACGGUCAGAUGCUCACUCCUCGGGAGGCUUCACAACCUUCCACCCAACCAUUGAUCGUACACCGGAGAGACUACAGCAUCGAUGAGAAAACUGAUGCACUCUUCCAUGAGUUUCUCCGUCAUGACCCUCAGUUCGACCAGCAGGAGUCGCCAUUAAGGAAACAUCGGUCCAGAAUCCACCUUCGUAAGCAGUGGCAACGCCAUAAGCAGUGGAGUGACCCUGGUGUCAGACAUUUACACUCCUCUUUUGAGAGACAACGAACUCCCCUACGGAGGGGUGACAGCGUAAACUAUCCUCUAGACACAAGUUAUCAUAGCAUGCUCCCCCGCAUUGUCAGCACACCCGAUGAGGAAACCAGCGACACUUCUGAAACUCCAAAGGCAGAGCCCACAACUAUUGUAAAGGAUUCUGGAAAGGAGAAAGACCAGGGAGACGAAGGGUUGAGUGAACAUCCGGAGCCUCAAGAGGACAGCAAACAACCCGGACUCACCUCAGAACACCUCGAUGAACGGUCACCCCUUCAGCCACCCAAGUCCUCGGGCUACGGCCCACAAACCAUCACCGCAGAACUCACGGACAAACUGAUGGCUAAUUUAGAUGAAAGGUUAUACAUGGGCCUUCGAAGGACCAAGGACACAGCAGAGUGUUUGACGGUGACGGCUACUCACACUUCUCCAGACCACAGCCCGGUGUAGCCCACUGAUCCUCAUUGACCACCUCAAAGCUGCUGAUACACACAAACUUGGUUUUGUCUUUGUUUUCAUGAUUCAGGCCAACAAUGAAUUGAAAGUUAUCCAAAAUAAACCAAGCAGUACAGUUCAGUGCACCACGGGUUGACUUGACAGUCAGUCAGCCAGCAGUUUGAAUCCACUCUUUGGGUAGGUUUUGGCACAUUUUACCUUUGCAGUUUUCAGACAAAAAUGACUAUUCUGACAACCAGUCAAUUGGCACUUCUACGUCUAGAACCAACCUACCAGUAUUGAACAAUACUUUUAGCACUGCAGUCGGUACAAAUGAAGUCAAUUUUAAGGUAGAUGUGAAAAAUGUAGUACCGUACCAAAGCGAAUCAAAUUCUACUGCUUGGUAGAAAUGGGGCUAUUUCCUACAGGCGUCGUCAGUGUUGACUGAUCAUUUGUGUUCCUGUUUUCUUGUUGUUUUCUUAGUCAGAUGUUGAUACUAUGGACCAGUGCAGCUUCUGCAUUUGAUGGUCAGCUGCGAAUUUAAGUUCUCAUAGACACUAAAUAGAACGGUACAGACAAAGAGUUAUGACCAUAUGUUAAAUUAUUUCAGAUUAAGUUAUUUUUAUCACUUUUAUAAAAAUCGGAAAUUUUUAAUCCUGGUGAUUUUUUGGGGACCCAAAUAUAGACAGUCGCAUACAGUUAACUCUGACUCUCCCUUGGGCCAGCAUAUGUUCUGUGCAGUGCAGUUUGAGGUUAAACUGGUUUGUUUCCAUUGUCGAUUGGGGCUCUGACAUUCUUCGACUGGUUUUGUACUUUACUGUAAGCAGUAGCGAGCCUCAAGUGUUUUUCCCACCGCUAUCAAUUGCAGUAGACAAUGUUUUUCUAUGUGUAGUUAGCUAGCUACCUGCAAAUAUUUCUCGAAUUACAGUUCACAGAAAGGCAUCACCUUGUUUAAAAAAAAAAAGUGUUGCUUCAGAUUCAGAAGAAAAGUACACUUUCUCCCAAAAUAUGCUUCAGUGUUGUUAUUCAAGAGUGCUGAAAUAUAUUUUUGUAGAUGAGUGUAAUGACUCAACCAUAUUUACUAAGAUAGAAAGGUCUGUGGGCAACACAAUCAUGAGCUGGGUGGUUUUGGGACAGCAGUGAGAUAGGAGCGUUUCUCUCACGGAUGCUUGCGGUUUUUAUUGGAUUGAUUUAUAUGAAAGGCAUGAUGUCUACUGCAUGAGGCUGAAAACAGAAAAGUCUUUAUUCGCCUUGUUUUUCCAUCUGUGCAUCCUUGUCUUCUCCUGAGAAAGUCUAUAGUGCUUCCCCAAAGGGGAGGGGACUUGUAUUACUUAAAUUACUUUUCAUAUUUGUAUAAAACUCGACUGAACAAAAAUGCUAUUUAUUGUUCUAGCCAUGUGUUUUUACAUGGCUGAGUAAAUAAAACGUUGCUAGAUUUGCAAAGAAUACGCACAAUCACCCAAGUGAUUGAAUUUAGAAUCCGUUUCCAUUGCUCCUUGAUUUCAGUAGCAGCAGCUUGAUUAGAGCCUUGUUUUUGCUGAUAAAAAACCAUUCCCGGGGGCUUUCCGCCUGGUGUGCAGCGAGGGGAGCCUCUGCAGAGCGUGGUGGUGAAUAUAAAUCAUAACAGAGGGGAAGCCCUUGUUUCGUAUCUCCUCCCCAUGCUUGCAGAGGCUGUUCUGUUACAUCGCAGUGAAGCAACAGUUCAGGAUUGAAAUACUGUUUGUUGGUCAAAUGCAAUACGAUUCAUCAAUUAGGAUGCUUUAUGGUACCAUAGAAUUCACAUUACAAUGAUUUAGUCCAAUUACAAUCUGAUACGGUGCAAUACGAUUCACUUGAAUUACAAUUCCAUGUAGUGUGAUACGAUUCACAUGCAUUACAAUAUGAUUAUUCCAAUCACAAAAUGAUAAGCAUUGUGCAUUUCAAUACAAUUCACGUAAUUUCUGAUGUACUUAUAAUGAGGUUUAUCUCAGAAUUGUGCACAAGUGGUAUGAUUUCCUCGACAUAAGAUUUUGUACAAAGAACUCAAACCAAUCACUUGACCUGCUUUUGAUUGGGCUCUACUGUGAGCAUGAUGCUUCUUUUCCUCACGACCCAGAUUAGAUAGUACUCCUGCUAAAUCUCCUUUCCAGGGUUGAGUGGACCCAGAGGCUCAUUAGGACAACAGUGGUUCAGAUGGAAGGAAGUGAUUCCACUGCACCCCCAUCUUAUUAUCAGACCACUCAGAGAUGUUUCAGUGUCACCAAAAAAAGGAAUAUCUUAUGAGUAGGGAUGCGGCGAUCACGGUUUUAUGCUGCCGAUUCUGAUACCAAUCACCUGGAUUCAUUAUAAAAUUUAUUAAUGAUGAGUGUUCAUUCUUAAAAUUGCACAUUAAAUUAAAGCUUUUAACGUGCUACCCCUGUAAGAUCCUUGUCGGGGCAUAUGUUGACAAUGACGUUCCACACGGCAGACAUGAUGGUUUUUGUUUUGGCACAACUACACAUUGUGACGUAGGACGCUGCCCAAUACAUUAGUUAGGGUAAGACAUUACACUCCAUGCAGGGAUCGCUGUGGGUUUUAAUCGUACUAGCCACAGGUGAUUGGCGUUGAAAGGCCGGAUAUUGGCCGAUACUGAAUGAUGGCUGAUCGAUAUUAGCACCCGUAUAAGACUGCCAUCCAGUAUAACAUGACUAAGCAAGUAUAUCAUAAACUACUUAAAACUAAAUGAAUGUAAAAGAAAGUACUCACCAUUAGAUAGGUAAAAGGAAGAACACGAUCACUUAUUGCCAUUCUAUGACUAUCACUGGAGUUAAUAAUAAUAUUGAAUUAUUAUUCUAUUUAAUGGUAUUGUACUGAGUAGCCAGACCGACAGUUUGAUGUCCGGUUUUAUGGUUAUUCACUUUUCCUUGUUGCCAUCACUGGUAGCUUUCUGUGGUGACUUUUCAAAAAAGUCAAUGAAAAAGCAAAACUGACUCCUGGAUUUAAUCAUUUUAGACACAUUUUCUUGAGACUUUUAGUUAAACUCAAAAUUUUACCACUUUAAGAGGGUGUUCGAUUUUUGAAUUUCCACUGUGUGCAAUUUCAUGUCGUUUUUUUUUUUUUUUGUGUCCAAGAAUGAACAUUUUGGUGAGUAUGCUAACAGAGAUGUCAAAUGCAACGAUACACACUGCAUUUGUCUGCAUGAGAGCUAACAUUUUAGUACAAGUCCCCUCACUCUGUACAAAAUGAUCACGUUAAUGACGGUCAGCUCUUUGCAUUUCUUGCUUCAUUUGUUAAACGCAUCUUUAAUCCCAAAAGGACAAAAAAAGACUUUUCUGAACAAUUAAGCUUUCAGAGCCUGGAGGGACCAAAUCACACACAUGAAGUCUUCUUUUAUUUUAGAGGGUUUUUUUUCUUCCCCAAUCUGUGAAUAAAGGAUUUGAGCG